CCAAAACCGCGCGAUGUUUGUGCAGGUUUAUUAUAGUCCAGUUAGCAAUUUAUGUCUCACUAAUCUUUUUGCUUGGCUUGACGACUAGCCAUAUAGCGCUUGCUGUCGAUAUCGCGAUUUGAAGAGGGACGUUAUCUUGCAAACACAGUGAAGAUGAAACCUGCAACAGCCAAGUGGUACGACAGACGGGACUAUGUCUUUAUAGAGUUCUGCGUGGAAGACAGUAAAGACGUGCAUGUCUGUUUUGACAAGACUAAAAUUGAUUUCAGCUGUGCCAGCGGAACGAAUAACAUCAAACAUCAGAAUGUAGUGGAACUUUAUCGGGAGAUUGACCCCAAGGAAUCCAAACACAGACGCACAGACAGGUCUGUGUUAUGCUGUUUACGAAAAGUGGAGACUGGGAAGGCGUGGCCUCGACUGACCAAAGAUAAGACGAGGAGCAAUUGCCUCAGUGUGGACUUCAAUAACUGGAAGGAUUGGGAAGACGACUCAGAUGAAGAUUUAAACAGUUUUGACAAGUUUUCAGAGAUGAUGAACAGCAUGGGAGGUGAUGAUCUACCCGACCUAGACUGUGGUGAUGAAGAGCACGACACCACAGACAGUGACGAUGAAAAAAUGCCUCACCUUGAAUAGAAGACUGCACCUUGUGAGUUAAAGUGUAAGAGUUGGUCGAAGUUGGUGGUAGAGAGAGAAGACCAAAGAAAGUCCUGAAUCGGACUGAAAGCACCACAACACAGGAGCUGCUCCUCUUCUCUUCUUCUGCCUGGACACUUACCGCUGUGUUGCGUUCUUCUCCAUUCACCUACAUGCGUGCACAGGGGUGUCACUUCCCUUUGUCCUUUUAACUUUUCAGUCAAAAUGCUCCUUUUUCAAAGGUUUU